AUGUCCAUCUUGCCCUCACAAACCCAAUCGGCAUCUUCGUCUUCUUCGUCUUUACCAAUCCCUAACCCUAAUUCACAACAUGGAGUUUCAGAAAUCGCCUCUUCUCUUUCCCCUCAACUCAACCAUGCUCUCGGAUCUCUCCAGAUCUCCGAUUAUCCAGGUCCAUCAACUCCAGCUGCAGAAGAUUCUGGUAGACCCUCCGAAAAGGUGACGGAGCUAGAGUCUUCAAGUGGUAUGAAGGCACCUCAGCGAAACUCUAGAUCACAUUCUAGGAGUCACUCAGGAAGACGUACAGUUGGACUCUCCCAGUCUGAGGGGAUGACGACGGGAACAAUUUCUUCUCAUAGAAAUCAACAGGCUACUGGAUCUGUAUAUUCUCAAGGAAGCACUCCUUUCGGAGGAAGGAAAUCUCAGAUGGCUAAUGGCAAUCACUUACUCAACUUUCAGUAUGAUCCAAUAUCCCGUUCCCAACAAAGGGGUCCUCCUCCUCCCCCUCCAGCACGAAGGCAGCGGAAGAGAAGACCAUACAACAAAGAUUUGUUUUUGCAGGCAAAUUUCAAAUUCAUGGUGCUAGAUUCGGGAAAUUAUUCCCCGAGUCAAUGGAUCCAGAUAAAAUGUUACAGUGGGAAGAUAUUAUAUGUGUGA